AUGCACGACCAUGUCGUCCCAGCGUCGCAGCGUAUGGCCUACUACUCCUCGGAGUCCCUCGAUGAGGUGGUGCUGCGGAAGUUCACCCAGUCCGAUGGCACGGUGUACAACGUGGUGUUCAGGAAGGGCGGUCCCGUGGACCUGGACGACCUAGAACAGCUCUGCGCCAAGGUCGGCUGGCCGCCCCGCCCCUCCGCCAAGGUGCGGAUAGCCCUGGCCAACAGCUUCAUGGUGGGGACGCUCACGCUGGAGGCCCCAGACCCGGGGUCCCCUGCCGCGCCGCCCCCCCGCCUCGUGGGCCUGGCCCGCGCCACGUCAGACGGCGUGUUCAAUGCCACGCUGUGGGACGUGGCGGUGGACCCGGACCUCCAGAACCUGGGCCUGGGCAAGGCACUGGUGGAGACCAUGGUGCGGGCCCUGCUGCGCCUGGACAUCACCAACGUCACCCUCUUCGCGGACGCGCACACCAUCUCCUUCUACUCCGCCCUGGGCUUCCAGCCAGACCCGCAGGGCAUCAAGGGCAUGUUCUGGUUCGUGCAGGGGCGGGCGGUGGAUGGGGGGGGGGCUGAAGAGGGAUGGGGUCGGUGCACCCCCGAACAGACAUGCUGUGGUCCUGGGCUGGAUCAAAAGGGGUGA